AUGGUACUUGCUUUACGGAAACAAACUUCGCCAAUUUUCCUAUCAGCAGUAUUCCUGCUAUGCUUUCCUAUCUGCAAUCAUGCAACACUCUUAACACAUAUUAUUCAUGGCAGAUUAUUUGACAUUGAUCCAUCUUCACUAUUUGCAAGAGAAUUGAAACUGAUCCAUUUAAAGAAACAACGAAGCAACAAUUUACGGAACUGUUUUUUUUCACCAGUUCAAUGCCUUCUACCAUUCGAUGAUGGUCGUUCAGUGGAAAGUGAAGCCAAAAGACGCAGUUAA